AUGUUGGUGCUUUGCGCAUCCACACUGGGGAGAGGCCCUACGGAAUGUGGGGAAUGUGGGAAGGGCUUCUCCAGCAUCUCUCACCUGAUCCAGCACCGGGUGGUCCACACCGGGGAACGGCCCUAUGAGUGCUUGGAUUGUUGGAAGAGCUUCGGCCGGAGCUCUGACCUGAGGGUACACCAGCGCACCCACACUGGGGAGAGGCCCUACGAGUGUUCUGAGUGUGGGAAGAGGUUUCAGAGGAGCUCCAUUCUCCUCGUACAUCAGCGCAUUCACACGGAUGAGAGGCCCUUCCGCUGCCCCAAGUGCAGGAAGGGCUUCAAACGCAACGCCCACCUCAUCAUCCACUGGCGCAUCCACACCGGGGAGAGGCCCUAUGAGUGUCCCCAGUGUGGGAAGAGCUUCUCACAGAGCUCUCACUGGACCGAACACCACCGGAGGCACCGCUAA